GCAUUUCUACGUACGUCGACAACGAUCAUCAUGAUGCAUCGCUUUCGUUCCGCGGGCGUGAAGGCCAAGGCGGUGAUGCCGUGGACAGGUAUGGUGGCACUCGGCUGUGCAACCACCGCCACUGCGGCGUACUCGACGCCAGCACUCGCGAAGGCCGCGCCACCUUUGACUCCCAUAGACCGCUCGACCCCGGAGGUGACGUUGUACCAGUACGAGCCGUGCCCGUACUGCUGCAAGACCAAGGCGGUGCUGGACUUUCUCAAGGUCCCGUACAACGUCGUGGAGGUGAACCCAGUGACGAAGAAGGAGCUCAAGGCCAUCACGGACUACAAUAAAGUGCCCGUGGCUGUUGUGGACGGACAAGUGGUGCCCAACUCGUCCGACAUCAUUUCUCGGUUGCAAUCGACGUCCACGUUCGACCCCGUGACCAAGGACUGGAAUGAAUGGAUCGACAUGAAGCUGGUGGUGCUCAUGCCGCCCAACAUCUACCGCACCGUGCCGGAAGCCCUCCAGGCAUUCCAAUACUGCCUCACAGAGGGCAAUUUCACCGCGUGGGAGCGCCGCGUGAGUUUAUACACGGGCGCCGCCGCCAUGUACGUGAUUUCUAAGCGCCUCAAGAAGAAGUACGGGUUCGACGAUGAACGUCUGGCGUUGUACGAAGUCACCAACGGCUGGGUACAUUACAUUAUGUAUUUAUAUAUAUGGAUGGGUCGGAGUGAGUAUACAUACAGCAUAGACAUGUGUAUUUUGUAUGCAUGGCUCGAAUUACAGUAUAUAUAUAGUAUACAUUUAUAUACAGGAAUGGAUAUGCCUAAUUUAUACAUAUAUAUAUGAUCGUAUCUAUGUACAGUACAUCUAACUAGUACGAAUGGAUCUCAUGUAUGUAUGGCUGGGAUUGCAUAUAUAUUAUAUAAAGGAAUACGGGUAUGCGCAUUACUAAUAGUAUAUAAAUAUAUAUGUAUGUGCAUCGAACUCGUGCGUAUGGCCCAUACCCAUAUAUAUAAGAUAUAUAUAUAUAUGGUACAAUUGAUAUUGUGAGUAGGUGGCAGCAAUGGACGGCAAACCGUUUUUAGGCGGCGACCAUCCAAACUUAACGGAUGUAUCUGUAUUUGGAGUGUUUCGGUCGAUCGAGGGGUUGGACACGUUCCAAGAUGUGAUGGCUAACACCCAGCUGGAGCCGUGGUUUAAUCGGAUGGCCAACCUCGUGGGCGCUUCGUCCCGCGUCGAGACUCCCAAAGUUACAGCGUAGAAGUCCUAGCUUCAAUAGACAAGUACUAGACGACGAAAAGCUGGCGACGUUACAGUAUGUAGUUGUUAAAAGAGUAGUAACGACUGGUACUCGACUUGACGGCUUCGUUCACUCG